AGUUCACUUUCCGAGGUGUCGGCGCGCGGUUACGUCGAAAAUUUUUUGCUGUUACAUAAAAAACGAAACUUCGUUAAUAUGAUUUUGAUUUUUUAUUUUUGACGAACGAAAAUUGUGCGGUGUGUGUGCAGUGGAUAAACUAUUUAAAAUAUAUUUAUUUAUAUAUAUAUAAAAAAAUGAAGGUUAUAUUAUUAUUUGUGUUGUUUAUCGCCCUUUUAACCGGCUUGGGGGAAGCCAGAAUCAAAUCUCCUUUAUUGGACGAAGAUUUACCCAGAUCUAGGAACAAAGCUGCCGAAUGUAUAUUUGGUAAACAAAUAAGGGAAUUGGGAUCGCAAUGGAUACCAGAUUUGGGAGUUCCCAUAGGAGUUUUAUACUGCAUGAAAUGUGAAUGCGUACCGUUUCAGAGAAAACGGAGGAUCGUGGCUAGAGUCCAAUGUAGAAACAUCAAAAACGAAUGUCCUGAACCGACCUGCGAAGAUCCCGUUUUAUUACCGGAGAGAUGCUGUAAAACGUGCCUUGGCGAUAAUAAAAAUGAACCCGACGUUAUAAAAGAUAUCGUCCCACAAAACGUCGCCGAAGAAGAAGAGAAAAGAAUCAACCAUUUCGCGGCCCUUCUCACCGGCAGAUCGUCUCUGGACCUCCGAAACGACACGUCGCCGAAAGAUUUGAAUAAAAGCACCGUGGUGGCGACAGGAAGAUUCACGUUCCACAAAAGGAACCUCCAUUAUUCGUUUUAUAUAUCGGAAAAGGCGGCCAGACCUAGAUCGUUGCAUUUUAUGGACAAUCAAGGCAACAUCCUCGAGGAGUUCACUUUAUCUCACGCCGGAGGAUUGGUCAACAGUCUUUAUCAGAACGCUACGAGAAAAGUUUGCGGGAUAUGGAGAAGACUCCCGAGGGAUUACAGGAGAUUAUUGAAACAAGAAAAAAUGUACGUGGUUUUAAUAUGGGGUACUAAAGAUACGGAAUUCACCCUUAGCGGAAAAUUAACUAAAUACGUAGCGCUCGGUAGCGAAUUAUUCAGUUCGCUUUUGGAACCAGCUCCCGGUACCGACUCGACUAGAAUGGCGGGUUCGGGUGGUACCGCUAUAGUAUCGACAUCGUCAACACCCUCGCCCUCCGUACAUAUCGCUAUAGUAUUUAACGGCUUAUUCGACGAUCGAGAAUCCUCGGGGGUGCCCAUAAACGUAAUGCUGGCCGUCGACGAAAAAAAACAAAUCAUUCUCGAAGGGAAUAUAAAAGUGAAUUUGCCGGCACCGGAUUUGAAUUUCGUUGAAAUAAGCACUCCGAUAUCCCUAUCGGAACUACGUUCCUUAUCUAGAGGUAGAAUACUGUUAACAGUAUCAUCAGUUUCGGAUCCGAAUAAUUUACGACUCAGCGGUAGCGUUAUAACGAAGGUAACGUGCGAGAUCUUUCAAACGAUCUUGACAGGGGAAAAAGAUCUAACCUCAAUUACCAGCGGUUUAGCUUGGAUGUACCUGAAUAAUCAAGGGGCUCUAAUAUACAGUAUCCAAGUGGAUAGUAUGGAUCAAGAGCAAUUCCACACAGUUACUUUGACCGAUACCACCGGAAAGAAAAAAGCGGAAGUUCUGACGCCGGCUUUUCACGACGGAUGGGCAAACGGUACGGAAGAUAGGAUGGUUCAUAAAAUUUUAGAGCCUCUAUAUAACAGUAGAUUAGAUAUGAGAAUAGCCGUGGGUAAUGGUAGUUUACACGGGCAUCUUAAUGCUAAAUUAGUAGCUGACGCUAGAGACGCUCCGGCUCCGUUGUUGCUUAAAAGAGAAAAUUUCAGUCUACCAUCAUCGGUAGUGGGUCUUGCUUGGAUUUCUGUUGAUACCGAUUGUCAUAUACAUUACGACGUUUCCGUUUCCGGAUUGGGACACGAAAAAAAAUUGCAGUUAUACUUGGAAAUGUACCCAAUUAUAGCACCCGGUGCACCGGUUCUGAUUAAAACUUUGGAAGAAUUCAUCGGUAAUCAAGUAGAAGGUAGCCCCAUAGACGUUCUUACCAAAGAAGAAUUAGAUAUGUUAGAUAGCGGAGUAAAUUUCGUUAAAUUAAAAGAUUCUUUAUCUAAUUUAGUAUUAUUAUCAGCGACAUUAACAAAGGUCAAGUUGCCGAUAUCUUGCAGGCCUUCCCAUAGAGAUAGAGAUAACAUAGUUCCAGUUAUAAACGAUAUACCGGAUGGAGCUCAUCCAACGGAAGAUUGUUUUUUCGAAGGAAAAUUCUAUAAAAGGGAUAGCACUUGGGUAUCUAAGAAUCCUUGUCAGAUGUGCUUCUGUCAAGACGGUCAGGCGUCUUGCGACCGUAUGACUUGCCCGGAUUUAACAUGUACCCCUCAUAACAAUCUAACAACCCCCGGAGAAUGUUGUCCCGUAUGUGGGGACACGGAAUUAUUGAAAAGCAAUAGAAAAUGCGUUUUCAACGGUAUGACUUACUCUUCCGGUAGUAAAUUCCAUCCGUUUCUAAUACCGAUCGGCUUCGACGACUGCACCAUAUGCACUUGUGAUCCUGUUGAUUUGGAAAUAAAAUGUAGAAGAAUUGAAAGUAAUUCAGCCAAAUGUGGUAAAGGAGCUAUUACGACACCGGAAACUUUAAGCGAAGACGAUAUUAGAAAGUGGUCUAUAAAACGAAAAGAAGAAGUUUCGAAUACGGAAUUAAUCAUAAAAGAAGGUGGUUGUAAAAAUUAUAAUAACCCCGAGAAGCCCUACAAAAACGGCAGUUCUUAUCACCCCUAUAUAGCGUCGCUCGGAGAAUAUAAAUGUGUCACCUGUAAAUGUCAGAAUGGUACACAAACUUGCGCCAGAGAACGAUGCGAAUGGAAAAAUUGCAAACUGGUUUUCGAUUUACGAAAAACUAAAACAAAAAACAACAAAAAAAUGCCUGUAACUUUCUCGGACUACUGUUGUUCUUUAAAAGAAUGCCGGAAAAUUAGGCACAAGAAGAAAGUGGAAGAAAGGGCUUCUCACAAACAAUGAAAGACGGUUUUUUUUUAAAAACACUUUCUCAUGUUUUGGAAUUAUUUAUCCUAAGUUUUGGAAAUUCUUAAAAGGUGGAUUUUUUGAGUCCUUGUUACCCCUUAACCAAAGAA